AUGCACAUUCUCGCAUGCUCCAGAAUUAUGGGUAGAGGGGAAUUAGGGGUUCUCAGUUCAGAUGUGCUACCGGCGUCGAAGGUGUUUGACCCUGGAGUAUUACCAGCCCUGUCAGUAGAUGGAUUAAAGGACAAAUAUGGCCAAGUUCAAAAGCUAAAUGAAAGAAAAAAUGUCUAUAUAGAUCUGGAGAAAUACGGAACCACAAGCAACAACGUAUGCAUCCGCAUUACUCAACAAAAUGGUCAUAUUAAAAGAUUAAAUCUACCUCUUGUAGUGCCUGCACCGUUCAAACCACCUGGAGCGCCGCAUGGCAAUCCGGCCAUCCCUUUCCCAAACGAAUCCUCAAUCUGGGAGGUCUAUAUAAACGAAUCAGUGGUCGUAGAUAAUGAACUAGCUGCUAUCUUCUCCUCCGUCCUCUCUGCAUUCAUUAUCGAGAGCAAGAAACUACUAGAACAGGAUCCGGCAGAUGUGAUGGUCGAUGCGCUUAUAUUCUUCAUCAACAACACCGCUAACGGUACACAUACACCUUAUUCACGCACUUCAUUCUCUCCUGCAUCCCACGCUGUAUCGGUGAACUGCUUGUUCUUUGCGAGCUUGAGUGCGAGUAUCAUCGCAGCUCUGGCAAGUGUGGUGUCCCUACAAUGGGUGGCCGAAUACGAUGCAGCUACAGUUUUGAUACGGGGGAAUGAAAAAGUGGAAGAUGAAAGAGAUUAUCGCGGCACUACCGGUGUAGUCAUUGGGGGUACCCUGUUAGGAGCGGUAUUCUAUCUCAUCACCACGAUGCUGGCGGUCAUAUUUCCUUCAUCGCCUUAUCGAGCCCCAAUCGUGCGAUGGAUAUAUUUAUUCUUCCACCUUAUAUUGCGAUAUUUCAUGCAUUUUUGGCGACAUUCUAUGGGUAAAUCUUCAAAAAAUGACCUGGGAGCACUGAAGGCAUCGCUUAAAAACAAGAUUCGCGACACCCUUGCGCAAGCCCGAGGAGGAGUCUCCACUUUAUUCAGCUUUUUAACUCAUAUUCCGUCAAGGUUUGAGAGUUCGACCUAUAGACGUGAUCAAUCACAUAUUAAACUGGAACAGAAGCAAUUAGUCGGCAAUAGCUUGGCUUGGGCUGCGCGAAAUCUUAGCAUUUCACGAGACUCUCAUCGUCGACUCCUGUUCCUAAUACAGGAGUGUGUAGAGCUAGACGAGGCCCAGUGGCUAUCCAGUGAUUUGCAGGAGGUACCGUGGGGUCUUAUCAUUUAUUUUCUGGCGUCCGAAUAUGCGGAAUGUGCCGCAUCUCGAAAGCUCACAGAAGAUGAUGAGAAGGAACUCGUUAUUAUCUUUCGCUGUUUGCGAAAAAUGGGAGUGGCUGAUUCCCGGGACGACAUGCCACCCAACUUCCAGGCUUUGGGUGGACCAGAUGAUAGUAUCGAUCCAAUUCAUCUUCUAUUUUACGAUACUGAAGUACCGGAUGGACCUCAGUCAAUAGAAGGGCAAAUAGAGUUGAGGGUCGGGUACUUGAAUCAGCUCCAUUACCUCUCUCAGUCCAUUCAAGAUAUCCGAAAUAUGCACAAGGAGAUCACUUCGAAAGGAAUAACUCAUAUACGCGACUAUUUAAUACCUCGAUUGGCUCGGGCCCUUGCAGGACGUGCUCAUGAUGAUGACCAAGAUCGAGUGGAUAAUCUAAUUUUUCUGGCGCAUCUCGGAUCACUACCACCACGAGGUCCCUCUGUUGUGACUUCAUGGUCGUAUGGUGACAUACCAGUUUCGCGGUCUUCAACCUUGAUACAGCGGCUCAAAUGUGUCAAUUGGAUAAAGAAUCAAGACUCUAUCCCGCAUAUUCAUGAUAUUCUGAACACUCUGCUCGUUGUGCAACUUAGAAACCCGGAUGUCUCACCUUUGUGGAGACUUGUAACGACUGAUGAAGACGUUGCCGCAACCUCGAUUCUAGUUGGUGCUCAGCAUAGAUCGGAGCUCAUGGACUUGAUUAACUAUGAACGCAAAGCACCACGCCUGAAUGGGAUAUUACAAGCAUUCGAUCUGCUCAUUGCACGUGGAUGUAACAACGGACAGCGAAGGGUCCUGAUACAAUUGCUAUGCAAUGAGCUUCAAAACCCCAAAUUGCCUCCUUCCUCCAACCAUUACGUAACCUUUGGGCUCCAAACAUCAUUCCGAGAUCCCUGGAUUCAAUUUGUGGUCUAUUUGGCGGCUGGAAUGGACAAACAACUGGACCACUUGUACAUGAAAUAUUCGCGGUUUCCGUACGAGCUAGAGCCGACUUUGAGUCGAUAUGUUCUAAGUGAUGGGGACUGGGAAGUGUAUCUUAUAACCAAGCGUUUUAAGCCAGAGUGUAUCUCUCGCCUCCUGGAAUUCGCUGAUGAUGUCAAACGUCAUCCAAGUAGACUUAUUUGUCUACUAAUCAAGAUAAUCUGGCCUAAAAAUACGUAUGAUGAACGCCACUUUGGAACCCAGCAUGCCAUGAAUCUAUAUUACAUGGUGAUUCUCGUCGAAGACCAUUGCACAGGCGACGAAAUCAGGUCACAUAUUGCCAGCUCACACCAGUUGGCGAGCGCUCUUGAAAGGGAGAGAGAUGCGGUAGCCAAAUGGACCCAGUCUGUGGACCUAGAUUUUUUGGGUGAUAUAUCUCUUUUAGGUGAUAAAGAUACCUUUAUUGCCAGAUGUACGCGGGUCAUCCAUGGACUCUUGACGCCGAGUCUGAAGACUUUUGGAAUUCAAGCUAGCAGAACCCUUGCCUGUGCCCGACCUCUCCUCGUCCCUGAUGCCGCGACGAAUUGGCUAGGAAUGUAUGACUUAUGA